GGUUUAUGCUUGCCUCGUCCGGUUUUGUGGUCAGCAAUAUAAGUUGCGGGGGGUUUAAGCACAGUUCGGGUGGUUUUUUGGUGGGGGUUUUGUCCACAUCCCAGAAAGAGAGAGAGGUUCCGUUAGCGUUCGAAAAAAUUUUGUGGGAGAGAAAAUGAGAGAAAAUUCUAAUUGUUUUUCUGGGAAUUGAGUUAUAAUUCUCUGCCGAUUGGAUCUUUCCUGGACUUGGGUUGAUUUCUCGGAUCUUGCGAUCAUUGCAUUCUCAGGAAUUCUGCAGUUUCCUCUUGGAAAGUUUAAUACGCUGACGGAUAUACGUAAAAAUUCGAUCAGGAUCACUCGUCAGGAGAACUCUAUAUGCUCUUGUGACCUGCGAUCUUAAUUGAUUGGCAUAUGUACAUUGCAUGGGUUAUUUCUUACUGUAUAGACAGUGAAGUAGAUCUUUUGGUGCUGUUUAGUUGCGUUUGAUGAGAUUUUACUGGCACAUAUGCCUGAGAUAUGGGGUUGAAGAAGGCAAUAUAUUAUGGAUUCAGUGGCUAUAGAGCUCCAACUAUACCUAGAGCACCCAGAUCAAUUCGAAAGAGGGGUUCACAAAAGAAGAUAGUUGAGAAUACCAAAAUCAGUGCAUUUGAGCUAUUGGCUACUGUAGCUGGGGAGUUGUUGCAGGGGAGUGAAAGUUCUUCUGCUUCCAGUAGUGCAGCUGCUGUAAAUGAUCAAUUUGCCUUUGGUAGGAAUGCUGUUAAACAGGAACAGGAAGUUGUAAAUAAGCCUGUGAAAACAGAGAGUGUUGACGAGGAAAGCUUCAAAGAGAAAGCUUUUAUGUAUGGGAUUGCCUCACAAGUGUGCAAUCGUAGGUAUACUUUGAAGGAAUUCCCAUAUGGAAAAAGUGAUGCUGUUAUGGAGUGUAUUUCUGUCAUCACUAGCUCCCCUUGUCUAGAGAAAAUUAGUGGUGAUAUGAAGUUGGAAAAUGUCCAAGGCAGGAAUGCAUCAGGGACUGUUCCUAAUAACAUAGUCAGGGGCUCCCUUUGUCAUGGGGAAUCUCAUGACAGCAACAUAGAGUAUGGAGUUGAAAUACAAGUAGAGAGUGAUGGUGAAGAGACUGGAGGUUUGACUGUGGCUAAUGCAUGCAGUUCACUUCCUACAUUGGUCAAUUCAGACAGUAAUGUGGGGUUGGCCUUUAGCAAGCACCCCAUUCCUAGUGCUUCUUUUUCUAGGCAUAGGAAUGAUGUUAACCUAGGUAAUAAGGAUGAUGAUGAAAACUUUUCUCGUCGCCAUCAGCUUGGCACCAAAAUAAAGGCUUUUAAGCCACCACUAUGCAUUGGUGAUCGAAGAAUAAGGAAGUUGCUGAAAUCCAAAUACUGGAAGGUAGCUCCAAAGUUGAAGGAUUGUGGAGCUUCAAAUGGUGAUGGGGGAAUAAAGUCUGUUUACCGCAAGAGGAAAACCUGUUACACCCACAGAAAAUCUCAGGUUGACGGUUAUUUAAAGAGGAAGAAGUUGUCUGAACAAAGCUCAAUACUGACAUCAGAUGGGGGAUCCAGUGUUGAAAGCUUUGCUAAUUCACCUGAGAAGGGCGUGAAUGCAGACAAUGGUGGCCCAACAGAAAUAAUUCGAGGAGUUGGGGUAUCAUCUUCUGUUAUGGGCCAUCAAGCAUCCUUUUGCUCUGGGGAAUCGCACGUGAAGUUCAGCAUUAAGUCCUUCAUGGUACCUGAGCUUCUUAUUGAGGUCCCAGAGACUGCUACAGUUGGUUUGCUGAAGACAACAGUUAUGGAAGCAGUAACUGCUAUGCUUGGAGGUGGGUUACGCGUAGGAGUACUUCGUAGAGGGAAAAAGAUAAGAGAUGACGACAGAACCCUACUGCAGACUGGCAUUUCUCACAAGGACAAUCUGGAUGCUUUGGGUUUUGCAUUGGAGCCCGGUCAUGCCCUAGCUUCCCCGCUUUUAUUGCCUGAAGAACCUCCCUUUUCUCCUUCUUGUCAUGCACCUCAACUUUUAACCAGCUCCUCAGCCAUUCCCAUUUCAGAUGCACGGCUCUCUGAUGUCUCACCAGAUCCUCCUUUAGCGAAAACUUUGGGCAACUAUGUCGAAAGCAAUCAUGAUUCUCUCCCCUCUCCUAGUAACCUUUUAACAGACAAAACAAUGCCAGAUUCCAGAGCCCUGGUUGCUGUUCUACCAGUGAAUAUGGAUGCACUAGCUGUGGCUCCAUUAAAGCAGAAAACCAGGCGAUUGGAACUUUCACAGCGUCGAAUAAGGAGACCUUUUUCCGUUCCAGAAGUGGAAGCUCUGGUUCAGGCAGUAGAGGAACUUGGAACUGGAAGGUGGCGAGAUGUUAAACUGCGUGCCUUUGAGAAUGCCAAUCAUCGAACUUAUGUGGACUUAAAGGAUAAAUGGAAAACAUUGGUUCACACAGCCAGAAUCUCCCCUCAGCAGAGAAGGGGAGAGCCUGUUCCACAGCAGCUCCUGGACAGGGUAUUGGGCGCUCAUGCUUACUGGUCUCAACCUCAAGAUAAGCAACCUGCGAAGCAUCACAGCGGAACGCCAAAAAUCACAGGGGCCCAAGCUGGAACAGCUGAGGCUUGAAAGAGGUAUCUGCCCAUCCUUAUGGUGUAAAAAAAAAGUGACAGCAAAGAGAGAAUAUGUAAAGAUGAAUGUAAUAUUUUUACACUCACCGACCAAUGAUUCGUUGCUGGUUUUCCCGUUGGGAGAGCUCAGCGCUUGUAAAUGAUUUAACCGAAUAAGGGGUAUUUCUAACAGAAUUCAGUAGGGCUCUUUGCAAUUGAUUCAAUUCUUUUUUAAAGAAAAAAAAGUACACGUUCAAAGUUGAAUGAAUAGCAGAACAAGGAAAUUGAUGUAGUUCAUUUUUUCAAUAUAAAUAAUCUCUGUACUUCUCAUUAA